AUGUCAUCCCCAGACACAAAAAAGAAAGAGUUUGAACAGUUAUUAACAGAAGCCGCACCAUCCGAUAAAUUGGCAUUGUUUUUUAACUUACAGGAACAAAGAGCUACCAUUUCGAAUAAAUUUUCAGAAGCAUUUAAAACCUUUUCCAAAGAUCAAGAUUUAGAAGAAUAUAAUAAAAAAUGUACAUCAAUCACAUUACAACUUUCAAGCUUGGGUGCUGAAAUUAUUCAAAUUGAAAAUUCUUUAUCAACAUCAAAUCCUGAAUGGUCAAAAACAAUUUCAAAAAUAAGAGAAUUAGAAAAAUCUAAAUUUUUAUUGACAGUAGAAGACCAAGUUUUAAAAACUGAAAUUGAUAAUAGUAAAUCAUUAAUAUCAAACCAAGUAUCAGAACAACCAACAGCAGGCAGUUGCUUUUAUGAACAUAUAGAAAUAUGUGAAAAACAAAUCAAAGAAAAUAAAUUAAAGUUUAAUCAAUAUAUAGAAUCAAUUAAUGAACACUUGGAAAAUUUAAAAUAUGAUUUGAAUGAAACCUCAGUCGGUAUUAAUAGUGGUGAGUCAAAAGAACACGAACAUACACAUGAAUGCAAACACUAA